AUGCAUUGUGGCAUUACAAGGUUGAAAGAACAUGUCGGUCAUGUCAUAGGACAAGUUGAACCUUGUCCAAGGGCCUCAAGUGAAGUUAGAGAUUUAAUGAAAAUGCAUCUAAAGGUUGGUAAGAUUCAAAGAGCUGCAAUAAAACAGAAAAAAGAAGAAAUAUUGAAUUCUCUCCAACAAGAAAAUAUGUAUGGUAAUUUCAACAUGGUUGGCGACGAGGAGGACGAAGUCUUUUUUGAAAUUGAUGAAGAAAGUCAGAUGGCGUUGGAAAAAAAACAGAUGAAGCAAGCAAUUAGAGAGAGCCAAUACUUGCAAUUUUUAGACGAACAACGAAGGCAUUCGGUAUCUGGGAGUCGACCUUCUAUGUUUAUGUCAGGAAAUAUGGGUGUUGGCACUUCAAUACCAACGACUUCUGAAAACAAAAGAGGAUUGUCAUGUAAUUUCAGUGUCAGACAAGCAGAUGAAAUGACAAGCAGAGGAAUUGACUCACAUAUGUUUCCUUCGAAACAAAAAUCAUUCAAGUCAAUGUUUGCGACGGAAAAUAUAAAAAGAGUUGGUAAAGCAGUUUCAAAGUUUUUUCAUUUCAAUGCUAUACCAUUUCAUGCAGCUGACAAUCCUUAUUAUCAAUCGAUGAUUGAUGAAAUUGCCAAAGCUGGUUCUGGUAUUAAAGGCCCUUCAGCUUAUCAAAUUGGAAAUGAAUAUUUAGAUGAAGAAUUUGAAGAGCUUGAGAAAUAUCUUGGAGAUAUUUAUGAUAAAUUUUCAACUUUUGGUUGUACACUUAUGUGUGAUGGGUGGAGCACUCGUACAAAACAUCCAAUAAUAAAUUUUAUGGUAUACUGUGAUAGGCACAUGAUAUACCAUAGUUCAGUUGAUUGUACCAAUGUCAAGAAAACUGAUGAAUAUAUUUUCAAGUUAAUGGAUGAGGUAGUAGAGGUUGUGGGAGAAAAAAAUGUUGUGCAAGUUGUGACAGAUAGUGAAUCUAGUAUGAAAGCAGCUGGACAACUGUUGAUGAAAAAAAGAAAAAAUCUUUUCUGGUCACCUUGCGCUGCGCAUUGUAUAGAUUUGAUGUUGGAGGAUAUUGGCAAAAUAGAUAAUGUAAAAGAAACUAUUGCUCAGGGGAAGAAGAUAACAAGUUUCAUACAUAACAGUGACAAAGUAGUGAAUCUGAUGAAUACAUAUACAAAAAAAAGGGAACUGCUACGUCCAGGUAUCACUAGAUUUGCAACUGAAUUCAUUUCUGUGGAAAGUCUUCCUCGGCAUUCUACAGAACUGAAAAGAAUGUGCACCUCAAAUGAAUGGGCAGAAUUUAAUAACACUACCAAGAGAAAAGCAGAAGCUAUUAAAGUAGCUGAGUUGAUAUUGUCAGAGAAGUUUUGA